AUGGUCGCCGACAAAGACAAGAUAGAGACCGCGCCUCGUGUGUCGGGCGACGAGAACACGGGUGAUGACCUCAAGAAGGGACAGGCCCUGCUCAAGUCUGGCCUUGACGAGCUGGGCUACUGGGACACCGUCAAGCUCUUUUGGAAGGCUGUUCUCAUCUGCAACCUCAUUUCCAUUGCUGCUGCCGCCGAUGGCUACCAGUACACCCUGAACGGCAACGUCAUUGCCAACAAGGGCUUCAUUAAGCAUGUUGGCUUUGUUAAUGAGGAGGGUAAGAGCGUCCUGAAUGCCAACUACACGGCUCUCUGGGGAGCCAUGCAGUCCCUUGGUCAGCUGGUUGCCAUGGUAUUCAUGAGCCCCAUCUCGGAUGCGAUUGGUCGCAAGAUGACUCUGUACACACUCUGGGUUAUUCUCGCUGGUUCUAUUGCUCUCGAGACUGUGGUCCGUGACUGGAAAGACUGGACUGCAGCCAAGAUCUUGGCGGGCAUUGGAGUAGGCGCUCUCCAAUCCACCCUCCCCGUCUACAUUGCCGAGUGGUCCCCCAGCAACAUUCGAGGCGCAAUGGUUCUCACCUAUGGCGUCUGGAACACGCUUGGAAAGUUCCUUGCACCACUUGUCCUUCUCAUCUGCGAGAAGCAGAACCCUAUGAACUACAAGAUGUCCAUCCUGACUCAAUGGGUAUUCCUGGGUCUCAUGCUGCCUAUCUUUAUAUGGUUGCCCGAGACUCCCCAAUAUUACGCCGAGCGUGGACAAGACGAUAAUGGCAAGAAGACACUUGCGCGUGUCAAUGGCAAGGUUGCUGGCUAUGACGUGGACACCGAGUAUGCCAUUAUCAAGAACAGCAUCCUUGAGCAGCGCAAGAGAAAGAAUGAGCUGGAGGAGACUGGCCUUGGGUGGAAGGCCGUGGCAAAGUCUUAUGUCGACUGCUUCAAGGGAGUCAACGCCAAGCGGACUCUUGGUGCUACAGCUCCGGCUUGCGCCCAACAGCUUACUGGUCUGUCCUUCUUGAAGACUUACUCUUCUCUCUUCUUCCGUCAGGCUGGAUUCGACGAUCCAUUUCUCAUUACUACAGUUAUCACUGUGAUUGCACUCGUCACAUCCAUCGUCCUCAUGCUCUGGACAGACUAUCUCGGACGCCGCAUCAUCGUCAUUGUCGCGUCGGUCGUUUGUACCCUGACAAUGUUCAUUGUUGGCAUCGUUGGCCAGUUCUCUACCACUAAGCCGCUUCAGAACUUUUGCAUCUUUGUCGCUUGUGUUUGGUCCCUCUUCAAUGCAGCAUUGGGGUCCCUAGGCUGGGCUUUUGUUGGAGAGAUCGCAUCUCAGAAGUUGCGUGCACGAACUGCUGGUCUGGCAGCUGGUAUUUCCGUCAUUUUUGGUCUGACCUUUAACACUUCGGUUCCUAUCAUGCUUGACCCUGAGGGUGUUGAUUGGAACUACAACACUGGCUGGCUGUUUGGUGCCCUUGGCGUCAUCACCACUGUCAUUGUUUGGUUAUACGUCCCUGAACCGUCGAAGCGCAACACGGCCGAGAUGGAUGAGAUGUACGAGAAUGGAGUGCCCGCUUGGAAGAUGCAGAAGUAUGUCACCAACGUUCAGUUGGCGCAGCAAGAGGCUUUGAACCGGCAGCCAGAGAGACAGGGCAGUGUCUGA